AUGACAAUAGUUGUAUUAUUUGACGAGAUUGCUAUGCAUAUCAAUCGAUUGAACGUAGUAGGAGUGCAUGCUGAUUAAUUUAAGUUAUUAGUGCAUUUCGUAAUGAAUGAUUAGUAUAUCUUUAGGUGCUAGCUUUUCCAUUAGGAAUUGUACUACGAUAUUUGAGAAGUCCGACCAUAAGAAAAGGUUAUACAAUUUUUUGGGGAAUCUUCUUUAUUUUGUAUUUGGGUGCUUAAUGGAUACAGUUGGUUAUGGCUUAGACACUUGUCAUAUACUUAAUGAGAUCGCUGAAGAGACCAUUCAUUCCAAUUGCAACAACCAGUUUUCUAGUUUUAGGCUAUCUACAUUACGACCGCAUCAUGGUUAAUGGCAAACUAUCAGUAGAACGCAGACUCGUCUUGGAAGAUGGGAUUUAACGUAGUGCAAAUGAUGCUUACAUGUCGAUUCGUUUACGUCGGAGUUGCUGCUUAAGAUCGCUUACCAUUUACAUUUCUCGAUUAUAUGAGUUAUGUGUUUUACUUUCCUAACAUCAUCGUUGGUACUGUUCCUUUUACAGCAUAUAUUCAAUUUAUCAAUUUAUAAGGAGUUUAUUCUAACAUGGGUUACAAAUUCAAUAAGGCAUUUCAAACACUUUUUAAAGCUAUUCUCUUUGUUGCAGGUAAACAUAUUUAACAAUAUCAUUAGCUGAUCAACUUAUAAGACCAAAGUUCAGUUUCGCUUAUUUUGCCACUCAAUAAUGGGAAGAACAUUCACUAUUUAUCCGUCACAUUGUUUGCUAACUCAUUUCUUGUUGCGAGAGGUUCAAAUACUUUCUUGCAUUUAACUUCUCUUAAGCUUCAAUGGAUGCAACAGGGAUUACCUAUGAUGGAUAAGGUAUUUUUUAUUAAUCGAAUCUAAAAUUAGAGUUUUCUAACUAUCGUUUGGCCAAUUAUUAAUUUGAGAUUGAAUUCUCGCCUAUCAAAAGAACUAAACAUUGGAAUUCAAGUGUUUAAUUAUGGUUACAAACCUGCUUUUAUGAUAGAUACAAGUAACAUAAGUCAGCUCUGCUUCUUACAUUUGUCCUAAGUGCUUACUGGUAUAAUAUUUUAUUAUGAAGGCAUGGAUUCUUUAUAGCUUAUUAUGUGUUUUUUAUAGAGUGGGCAAUUUUUAAUGAAAUAACUAAAUAAGUUUAUAGAGCAAAGGAUAAAUUUAAAUUGUAAAAAUUAGCUAUAAAUUGUAAGCAUUCCAAUUCCAAUCCAAAAAAUGAUCUGUGCAAUAUAUGGUUAAUUAGCUGUGAAUUCGACUGCUACUCCAAUAGGAUUAUUGAAAUGGGAUAAAGUAUUAAAAGCCAUGAAUGAUCUUGGAUGGGUAGCUUAAAUUCUGAUGGUUGUUGUUUGGGGAUUUUUUAAGAUUACGAAAUUUGGGUAAAGUAAAAAGAAAGAGUGAU